AAUCACAGGUGAACAGUAGGCGCUGUUUCAGUACGCGUUGUAGACAUCGGCGCGUACGCACGCCUCCCUUCAUAUAUACCGCGCAUCGAUUCCCGAUACAAUACGAAUAAUUAAAAACAUAUCAUCAAUGAAAUCCAAUAAAAUAUCACUUCAAAUGGUAUUAUAAGAACCGUCCUUGAUAUGUAUUGCUGAUUAAAAAAUAUCCUUGUUGGAGUGACUGAUAUUAACAAUUUUAAUUUGUCUAAUAGUGAAGUGGUGAAUUGAGAAUCGAUAGUGUUAAUUAUUUUAACAAUAAUGAAGGUUCUGACAGUAGAAGAUAAAGUUACAAGUGUAGGCAUCGAAAACGAACCAAGAGUAGAUAUUGCAGACACGAAGUUAACAAAGGAGGAAUUGAAUAGAGGCUGCCCCCUUGGAGUAUCACGUGUCAUCGACUCUGUAUAUAUAUGCGGUGCUCACGCUCUACCAGGAGCCGUAAAGGCUUUAAGGCCGGGACUUGUAAUCAAUGUUGCACCGGAACUGCCACCGCCACCAGAAGAUUAUGUUCCAAGGCACUAUGUACCACUACUCGACACACCAAACUCUGACAUGUAUCCGUUCAUGGAACUUGUUGCUGACCUUAUACAUGAGGUUGUGACAAGAAAUGAAGUGGUGUUGGUACACUGUGUUGCGGGUGUUUCACGAUCCGUAACUCUCUGUCUAGCUUACCUCGUAAAAUGGCAAAAGAUGACCCUGUGUGAAGCUUAUCAUCACAUGAAACUAAGGAGGCCACAAAUCCGACCAAACACAGGUUUCUUCAAGCAACUAAUCAAAUACGAGGAAAGACUUUUUGGUGAAGCAUCAGUUAAGAUGGUUUAUUGUGAAGCGAUCGAUAAAGAGAUCCCUGAUGUUUAUGAAGCAGAUUAUAGAGGAAUGACAUGGUUUAGGCAAAGGUAUGGGCCUAUCGAAAAAUAAAACAAGUUGAUUAUCGAUUUAAUAAUAAGCAAGACGUCUAAUUAACAAGUGGAUAAACUCUUUUAACACCAAUGUGAAAUGACUUAGUUAACACAAUUUUAAUGUCAUUAUAAAUAAUUAGCAUUACUACUUUUUUUAGUCGUCAUAACUAUUUUUUUUAAAAUCAAGUAAUGGAUCUGGAAAUAGUUAUGUUAUGGUAUGCUUAUUAAGACUGAGGUGUGAAUGAAUUAUGUUAAGAUGAUUGUCAAAUCAAAUCAGUAAUUUAAGCCAAUUACAAUACAGAACUGAUUUUUUGUGGCCUGUAAUAUAAUUGAACCAAAAAUUCUGAUUAAUUUAUCAAAGCGUAAUAAUUUAUUUUUGCUUACAAUGUUUGUAUGCAUGUUAUCUAUCGUUUAUAAAAAUAGCGAAAAUAUUAAGAUUUCAAUUAUGUUACAAGAAUUUAGAUUUAAAAUACUAAGUGAGGUAAAAUUAAUUUUAUUGUGAUAAAUUGUUUAAAUGUUAGUUAUAAUGUUAUCGAAUAUGGGACCAAAAUAAAUAUAUUUAAAAUUA